CCACGGAGGUUGGCUUGACUCACGUAGCCAGCAUGACACGAGUUUUGCGGUCUCGCGGGGUCGGGAAUCUGUGACGAGCCUGACGAGCUGUGACGAGCGCGGUGAGGAGUGAGUAGUGACAACCUGGAAAGCGCGAGCGGAGGAACUGCCGAGCGCGAGUGAACGUACACGCGAGUGAGAGAGAGAGAGAGAGAGUGUGUGAGAUCACCCUGAUCACAGCUCGAGCUCACAGCCACGCGCAACGUAGACGUAGGCCACUUGACACGGUACACGCCGCGUCAGCGAGCCAACUGAGCCAAGUGCGCGCGCGGAAACGUACGCCGUCGAGGAGAUUAGCGUUUCUACGCGUGGAAGCGGCGCCAAUCGCUCUCUCGAGAUGGCCGGUGCGAUGUUGUUUGAGCGGGCUCAGGCUGUUUCGGUGACAAACCGCAGCGAGGGUAUCUCGUUGCUCAACGAGAUCGUCUCGGACCCGAGUAUCGGCGUUGCCGACGAUGACGAGGACAACAUCCGUGUCAAGGAGCAGGGUAUCCUGCACCUGGGCGAGCUCUACAAGAAAGAAGGCAAGGCGAAAGAACUGGCCGAGUUGAUCAAAGCCACCAGGCCGUUCCUCAGUCUCAUUAGUAAAGCGAAGGCCGCCAAGCUCGUGCGGUCUUUGGUUGACUUCUUCCUGGAUCUGGAGGCUGGUAUCGGCAUCGAGGUGCAAUUGUGUAAAGAAUGCAUAGAAUGGGCAAAGGAGGAACGCAGAACAUUUCUAAGGCAAUCGUUGGAAGCCCGCUUAAUAGCCCUUUACUUUGAUACGGGUAUGUUCAGCGAAGCAUUGCAAUUGGGAUCCGCUCUCCUCAAAGAACUGAAAAAACUGGAUGACAAACAGCUAUUAGUAGAGGUUCAAUUAUUAGAGAGCAAGACAUAUCACGCAUUGAGUAAUUUAGCAAAAGCGAGAGCGGCGCUUACCAGCGCCAGGACGACUGCCAACGCGAUUUACUGUCCACCUAAAAUGCAAGCGGCUCUGGAUCUGCAAUCGGGAAUACUACACGCUGCGGACGAACGAGACUUCAAGACUGCUUACUCUUAUUUUUACGAAGCUUUCGAAGGGUAUGACAGUGUUGAAAGUCCCAAGGCGUUAACGGCGCUCAAAUACAUGUUACUGUCCAAGAUCAUGUUGCGGACGCCGGAAGAUGUUCAGGCCAUCAUGUCUGGCAAAUUGGCGGUGAAAUACGCGGGACUGGAUUUAGAUGCGAUGCGUGCAGUAGCCGAAGCCAGUCAUCGACGAUCGCUAGCGGAUUUUCAAAAGGCGGUUAAGCAAUUCCGACAGGAGUUGGAAGACGACGUAAUUGUACGCGCACAUCUCGGUUCUCUCUAUGACGCUAUGCUGGAGCAAAAUUUAUGCCGUUUAGUUGAACCUUAUUCACGAGUCCAGGUGAGUCACAUCGCUUCGUGCAUAUCUCUGCCACUGGCGCAAGUAGAAAAGAAACUGUCGCAGAUGAUUUUGGAUAAGAAGCUGCGAGGGGUUCUCGACCAAGGAGAAGGUGUUUUAAUCGUUUUCGAAGAUACCCCACGCGACAAGACCUACGAAAUCGCAUUAGACACGAUACACAGCAUGGGAAAAGUCGUCGAUACACUUUACCAGAAAGCCAAGAAACUCACCUAGCCCUAUUUAAUAUGUAUUUAUACAAGAAAAAAUCUAUCGCAAUUAUUGUAACCAUUAAUAAUUAGUUACUCUCAUUAAAUACUGUCGAUUAACUGUAUUUUUCUCGUACGUAACGUGAAUGGCGUGCGAACUACAAGUGCUCAUUUACCAAUACGUUCGUAUAGGAUCGCUUUUAUCAAUUGUAGGAAUUGUUUAAAAAAGAGAGAGACAGAGAGAGAGAGAGAGAUUUGCUUGAGAUCUAAUCAACAAGCCCCCCUAAUCCCACGUCUUAAAACGUACUUUUCGUAAAUAAUCAAGAAAGUGAAGAAAGAUGUCAUAAUAAUACCGAGAAACAUCAAAUAUAACAAAAAGAAACAAGA